AUGGUCAUGGUCCGCAUCGUGUACUUUGCGUCGUUUCUGCCCCUGGUAGUGCUGGAGGCGGCAGCACUGUCAAGUUUGUGCUCAACGACGAACACGGCUUCCUCGAAAUCAUAUUCGAGUCUCUACCAGAGCAGGGGGGCCUGCGGUGAUAGGUGCAGGGGUCAGUCGGCCUACGCCGUGGUUCAGGAUGACCAGUGCUGGUGCAGCGACACGACGCCUAGCUCGACGACAGACGACGGCAGCUGCAACAAGCCCUGCCCGGGAUACCCUCAAGAAUCAUGCGGCAGUGAUGGGCUGUAUUCCUACAUUUUAUUAGACCGAAACAUGGUCAAGGGCGCACCCGCUUCAUCAUCAUCGCCAUCAUCGCCCUCAUCACCGCCCUCAUCAUCACCACCCUCAUCACCACCAUCACAGCAACAACAACCACAACCAUCAGUAAGCUCUGGAUCGUCAGACUCAUCAAGUCCAUCUCCACCCCCACCAAAAGUGGUCACAGUUACUCAGGUGAAUGCAGAGUCCAGAACAAUCAUCCAGACAGUCGAGGCGCCGGCCUCGUCCAUAAUAGAGGAGAAUCCCGCGACGUUUCGCACAGUCACAGUAACUGGCACACCAGCCGUGUCGACCAUUGCCGCCGUCGCCGACAACCCCAACAACAACAACAAUGACACACCCUCGGCUACGGACUCGCCUACACCCCACAGCGACGACAACGGCGGCGGCGGCGGCUCUGGCCUGAAGCAGGGCACCAUUGUGGGCAUCGCGGUCGGCGGGUCGGCGGCCGGUGUGUUUGUGGGAUUGAUUGCCUUUAUGGUCUGGCGCCGCAACAGGUACAAGGGCGAUGAUGACGGCGACAGCGGCAGAAGACAGAGCGAAGAGGUGCAGGGCGUAGUCGACUACUUUGGUACCGCCAACGGAGCUACGUCGAUUAAGAGAGACAACACGAGCGCGUCGGAAGACUCGCGGAUGGGGGCGUUUGGGCAGAACAAGAACCUGUACCGCAACAGCAUAGGGAGCUUGGAGGAUACCUCGUCGGAAUGGGGCCAGGUAUUACGAGUGGUGAAUCCAGAUAUGCCGGAGAAGCAGCAUUGA